AUGUGGAAGAGACAGUUGGCUGCCCGGCAGCACUCACGCUCCUUACACCACACCGCAAGACGAUUGCAAUCUACGUCGAAGCCUGUCAUCGAUAUUAGGGACGGCACAUUCUACAGACGCUACCCAUCAGCUACAGAUUCCAAGGACUCCAAUCCACCAAUCUUCCCAAGACUCAACUUCUCGCUAUCCAACACGUCCGGCCCACAGGCUACACCUCAAUACUGGUCCAUCCUAUCGCCUUCAUCCCUAGCUAGGACGACAUUCCUCCAGGUACUGGCUGGCCAGCAUAUUUGUCUUCCACCUACGGCACGAUCGUAUCCUUAUCUGUCUGAUCUCGCGGAGUCGCCGCAACAUGCUAUCAAGUACGUCGGCUUCGACGCCGAGCGAGGCAGCAGCGUGGGUGGGACGAAUGUUCGGGGAGCCUACUUGAGCGCGAGGUAUGAGAGUCGGAGGGAGGAGACUGACUUUUCGGUGUACGACUAUUUGACUGGGCAUACGGAGCUCAAUGCCCUCGAGCAUAAGCUCAGUUUGGCCGAGAUGGGAAUGCUUGAGGAGGUCUCGCAGCAGCUGAGCCUUGGGAAGCUAAUGUCGAUGCCGGUGGCCAACCUCAGCAAUGGACAAACGCGGCGAGCCCGCAUUGCAAAGGCAUUGAUGGCGCGACCGGAAGUUCUACUACUGGACGGGCCGUUCAUGGGACUCGAUCCACGGACGCUAUCGACUAUGUCACAAGUUCUAAGGCAUCUGGCAGAACGACAGCAGCCUAGACUCAUCAUGAGCUUAAGGCCAGAAGAUGGCGUACCGGAGUGGGUGAAUCAUCUCGUAGUCAUCGGUGAUCAGCUGCAAAUACUGGCGCAGGGUCCCAAGAACGAAGUACUUUCACAAAGACGGGAUGGCGCCAGUGCGCCUGUCGCUAACGCUAUUCUGGACCUUGUUCGACAUGGUCACGAUGCCACUUCUAAGCAAAAGCUGAGUCGAGACGGUUUCGCCAAAGCUUCUCAACCGCUUACACCAGGCGAGCCACUAGUGGAGAUGGAUGGCGUUAAGGUCGCCUACGGUGAGAAAGUCGUGCUCGGAGGCUGGAAGCAGAGUCAUGGGAGUGAAGAAAAGGAAGGCCUUCACUGGACACUUCACCGCGGUCAAAGAUGCGGUAUCUUCGGGCCUAAUGGCUCUGGGAAAACGACAAUGCUCAGUCUCAUAACCUCCGACCACCCCCAAACAUACAGCUUGCCUAUCAAGUUAUUUGGACGAUCUCGCCUCCCUGGACCUGGACAAGCAGGUAUCAGUCUCUUCGACAUUCAAAAGCGGAUGGGUCAUUCGAGCCCGGAAGUACAUGCUUUCUUCCCGAAAGGUCUGACAGUACGACGAGCGCUUCAGUCGGCUUGGGCAGAUGCGCCGAUGGCGAAGCCAAAAUUGGACGAUGCUGCUAAACAACGUGUGGACGCUUGUCUGCGGUGGUUCGCACAGGAGCUACACCCGAGCUCGCAGACGAGCAAUGCGACUAGCAAGGAUUCAGAGGAUGGCACAGGCUUAGGAUGGGCAGACGACGUCCGCUUCGCAGAACUCAGUUUCUCGAACCAACGCCUCGUCCUCUUCUUGCGAGCCAUAGUCGCAAGUCCCGACCUGGUCAUCCUCGACGAAGCUCUUAGCGGCAUCGACGAAGCAACACGUGACAAAGCGCUGCUGUUUCUAUCCCACGGCGAGAAGGUUGCAGCUGUCGUGAAUGGCGAAGCUCAGCAAAGCGCCGUCGACAAGGCUGACAAGGUCGUCUUCGCUGGACUGGCGCCCGAACAGGCUCUUCUGGUCAUCAGCCAUUCGAAAGAAGAUGUCCCUGGCUGUCUGCGGGAGUGGAUCUGCUUGCCUGAGCCUGGCGAGGGGCGAGCGCCGCGGACGAGUGUAUUGCCUGGACCGUUGGAGCUGAAUCCUGAGGGUUGGAAUGAUAUCUGGGGUCGGUGA